AAUUCUCACACAUCACAGAGCGGUGAACUGCCAUUCAUAUUUUGGCAUAAUAAUUCAUCCGUAAUAUAUAUUUUGUUUUUUUAUCUGAAGAUCGAUCGAUCGCCAUGGCUGAGGAGCACCACCACCACAACCUCUUUCACCACGACAAAGAUGGAUCAGAACAAAAACCUGUUGAUUAUGAGAAGGAAGAGAAGCACCAUAAGCAUCACGAGCACCUAGGCGAGCUUGGUGCUGCUGCUGCAGGAGCUUAUGCCUUGCAUGAGAAGCAUGGGGCAAAGAAAGACCCAGAGCAUGCGCAUAAGCACAAGGUAGAGGAGGAGAUUGCAGCAGCGGCCGCAGUAGGAGCAGGCGGCUAUGUGUUCCAUGAGCAUCAUGAGAAGAAAGAGGCAAAGAAAGAAGAAAAAGAGGCUCAUGGAAAGAAGCACCACCAUCUCUUUUAAGUGUGUCUUUAAUUAAUUAAUAUCUAUGUCUGUUCUUAUAUAUAAUUCAGUGAGUUCGUGCGUGCGUCAUGUUAAAUUGUUAAUCGAUCGAUCCCAGCCAGAAAAAGACUAUCUCAAAUAAUAUUACUGAGUGAUCAGUAUCUGAAUGUGAUUGAUCGAUCGAUCUUCUGGGAGGAAAUUAAAUUAAUGUCCUUUUUCUUUCUUGUUUCCUGAGAGGCAAUCAGUUCAUGAUUUGUUGCUGUGUGAAUUAAUAUAAUCGUGAUCAUGUCAAUGUUCGUAAUAAAUUAACUAUGUUGUGUGAUAUACUAU